AUGCUAGAGUCUGUAAUCCAUUCGCCGAUGAACAUGAAACACUACGCAAAGACUGAAGAUGUUUUCCAGCUUGCUGCAAACUUUGCUGAGAGAUUGAUGAAAAACCAUCCCUUUCAGGACAGGAACAAACGGACCGCUUUAGUGGCGGCUGAUAUGUUCUUGAAAAUCAAUGGUUACACCCUACUAAACGGACCAUUCGCGAACGAUCCAAAUAACAAGGCGCUAGCAAAUGCUCACGUCGCCGUCGUGACCAACCAGUGGACCGCCCAACAGUUGGGAGAUUACUAUAAGUCUUUGGCAGUGCCUAUUGGUCCGUUGACUGCACAAAUCUUGGAGUAUAAAGGCUCGGCCAUUGAGUACUAG